AUGGGAAUAAUUGGAAGUAAAGAAGAUAACGAUAAGAAAAGAAAGAGAGCAUGCAAGAAAAUUUCGAAAGAAGAUUUAUUGGAAUUGGAAAGCAAAACAUAUUUCACCAAAAAGGAAUUACGAAAAUGGUACAAAGAUUUUAUCAAAGAUUAUCCUGCCGGUGAGCUACGAAUGGAAGAAUUUCAUAAUAUUUACAAACAAUUCUUUCCAAAUGGCGAUCCAACAAAAUUUGCAACAUUUGUGUUCAAUGUUUUUGAUAGUAAUAAAGAUGGUUGUAUAUCAUUUCACGAAUUCAUUACAGCAUUAUCAAUUACAUCACGCGGUACACUUGAUGAAAAAUUAGACUGGGCUUUUUCACUGUAUGAUGUUGACAAAGACGGUUAUAUAACAAAAGAUGAAAUGGGUGACAUUGUUGAAGCAAUUCAUUCAAUGAUUGGUAAUAUUAUUGAGUUACCCAAAGAUGAGGAUACACCUGAGAAACGAGUUGCUAAAAUUUUCUCUAAUAUGGAUAAUAAUCUUGACGGUAAAUUAACGCUCGAAGAAUUCAAACAAGGUUCUAAAAAUGAUCCAUGCAUUGUACAGGCACUUACAACCGAUGCUCAUUGA